AUGUCAUCAAAGUCAGUUAGACAAAGACCAACACCAACACCCACGAAGCAAGCCUCCACAUCCGACACAUUAUCCGACACAUUAGGUAAUGUUGAGGAGGACAACACCACACCCAGAGGAACAUCACCACAGCAACAACAACAACCACCUAAAUCUAAAUCUAAAUCUAAACCAAAAACAAGACGUGCACUCUCACAAACUCUAUCGUGUACGGCCAACUUGGCCAACCUGCUUCCAACGGGUACACUCCUUGCAUUCCAGAUGCUGACGCCGGUAUUCACCAACAACGGUUUCUGUGACUCGGUGACGCGCCCACUCACCAUGGGGCUCCUCCUCCUUUUGGGACUGUCUUGCUUCGUCGCUUGCUUCACUGACACCGUCAAGACAUCAGACGGACAGGUCUACCAUGGCUUCGCCACCUUCAAUGGACUCUGGCUCUUUGAUUACCCGGACCCGGAUCCAUCUACAUCCGGGCUACCCGACUUGAGGAAGUACAAGGUGAGGUUCAUUGAUUUUGUCCAUGCCCUGUUGUCUGUGCUGGUGUUCUGUGCCGUUGCUCUCAAGGACAAGAAUUUGUUAAGCUGCUUUUACCCAAAGCCAGAGCAUGAAACUCAGGAGGUGCUUGAUAUUGUUCCCGUUGGGAUUGGCCUUAUCUCCGCUUUGCUCUUUGUUGUUUUUCCCACCACCAGGCAUGGGAUUGGCUUCCCUGUUACAUCCGGCAAAUAA